AAACUGGAGUCAGCGUGUGAGACGAGGACGGAACUAAAAACGUAUGGAAGAGAGGAAACUCGGAAAACGAAACCCGAAACGAAAUAUACGCACACGGGCUUAUCCAUGCACAAAUAUAGUGCAAGAUGGCGACAUUUGGAUAUUGUGGGUGCUGGUGCUGAAAGUCGAGAGAUAAUUAUUUUCCUGAAAAAGAAAUAAAGAAGUACUGAAGUGCUCAAACGUCUUGUAUUCACCCGCCCUCUUUCUUCCAUCCAUCAGCCACCCUCAUUGAGUCGUCGAGAACAAGAAGCAUCGAAAAAAAGAGCUGUAUUGCAUGGCGCUCGACAGCGGUGCUCCGUGUGCUAUGUGCUUGCGAUUCUCGUCAUCGUUACUAUUGUUGCUUUGACUAUUAAUAUUACCACCCUGCAGCCGGUGAUCUAUUUUCUGGUAUCGGCAAAUAAAACACUAUACAUCAAUCUUACUGGACGCAGAGGUGUAUGAGUCAAGGCACCCUUCCCCUUCAUUACCCCUAAUAUCCUAUUCGUUAGUGGGGUAAGUCUAAGAGCUUCGCUGUUAUCCGAGCGUAUCGUCUAACCAGAGCCGUUGUCGUUAUAAUUGCGGUAAACGACAUUGAAGAGGAACAUCUUGCUCGUGCGAAGCGCUUGGUGCUAGAGUAACGAAGAUAAUCAGUACAUAAAGUGAACAAGCGAACUGAUAGGGAGAAAGAGACAAAAAGAGAAAGCAAGAAACAAAGAGACAGAAAGAAGCUGUGAAGACAAAAAACAAUGCGAGGAACGCGCCGUCGCCGUAGCUCCUGUUAGAUAUUUAGGGCCACUGCUGCGUGUUCUUUGGCCCACUCGUUUAGGAGGUGGAUGGUAGGAUUUUACUCAAAAAUCAAGAUCAAAAGUAAUCGAAACCCUGGAGGACAGUGGAGCUUUGGAGGAAGGGGAGAUGUCAGCUGGAACUCAAGGCGAGAUACGGGUUGGUCCAUCACACCAGUGAAGCUAACAGCGCACAAUCCCGGAUUUCUGAUACAGGACCUGGUUUCUUGCCAGGCCCAUUUGCCUGAGUAUCGGCCGGGUAUCCCUCCUGGAGAACUACUUCCUGAUCCAGAGUUUUCUAAAGAACGAGAGGAAUUAAGAUGGAUUCCUGCAAUGACAUUGGAUAUGGACUUACUCAUGUACCUGAGAGCGGCACGAUCUGUAGCUGCCUUUGCUGGUAUGUGUGAUGGAGGAUCACCAGAUGGUUGUGUGGCAGCAUCCCGAGACGAUACUACCAUUAAUGCACUUGAUACAUUACAUGAUUCUGGCUAUGACGCAGGAAGAGCUUUGCAAGCUUUAUAUAAAUGUGCUGUACCCAAAGGCAUUGAUAAAAAAUGGUCUGAGGAAGAGACUAAGCGCUUUGUUAAAGGUCUUCGACAAUUUGGAAAAAACUUCUCUCGUAUUAGGAAAGAUCUUUUACCACACAAAGAUACGCCGGAACUUGUUGAGUUUUACUAUCUGUGGAAGAAAACGCCUGGAGCAAACAACAAUCGCCCACAUCGGCGACGUCGGCAAGGAUCACUCCGUCGUAUUCGUAAUACGCGUAAUUCACGAGCAGGCACGCCGAAGGAGGAAACAACCACGCCAGUCAGUGGUGAAACACCAAGCACGAAUAAUUCUAAGGAAAGUAUUACCACGGAACCCGAAGGUAGUAACGGUGGAUCGCUCAGCUGUACUGGUCCUACAGCAUCCAGCAACAGUAAUCCCAUUACCGGCGAGGUGAGCUCCGUUACAGAAGACGACAAUUCCGAAGAAGAUAGCGACUCGCGCGAUACAAAUACCAACGGAGUUACACACUCUUGUCAGCACUGUUUUUCUAACAGCUCCAAGGAUUAUCAGCUACCUCCCGCUCCGCCUUACCUUUUUCGGCCAGUACCCACUGAGUCUCCUGACAGUCCCGGUAGAAUGAGAACGCGGAAUAAGGCUAAAGAAACAUCAAGAGCUGCUAGACCACGUAGGACAGGUGGAACAGAUACUCCGGAUCAAGAGAAAUCCCAACACGCUAAUGAUAAACCCAAAAAGUCAAAAUCUGCCAGUAAGCCAGAAACCCCGAAGAAGGGCCAAAAACGUACCACGAUUGAAGAACAAGAAGAGGACAAGGACUUACAAAAACGUAAACGUGGCGCCGAUAGAACCGAUAGUCCAUCGGAAUCGUUAACAACUGAUAGCAAUUCACUUAUGGAUGAACCAGAACGCGAAACCGAAGCCGACAUCCCUGAAAGUAUCAGCAUCAACAAUCCAGCAGUAACUGUUGUUGCAGUCACUACGAAUAGUAAUAGUAAUAUUACUGUCGGCGGUUUACCACUUAACAAUAACCCAGUGAGUCCCGCAACAACAUCACUCGAAGAACCCUGUGAGCCCUCAACGCCCAUUGCUACACCCAUCUUAUCACCACAGCAGCCACUUAUCCAAAGUUUACCAAUAUCAGUGCCAGUUAUUCACACACGUGAAAACAUUGUCGACAAAAAACCAAUGCUUGAUGAAUCAGUCAAUAUGAAGGAAUGCCAGCUGGAUGACAUGUCUUUAACACUUAAUCAACCGAUGAAAUUAGAGUCUGUGGCGAUGAAACUCGAACCCUUACCGUUGUCCAUGCAGAUGCCAAUGCCUUUGCAAAUGUCCAUGGUCAUUGACUCAGCGCCCUCGCCGUCUAUGAAAGAAGAAAUAGUGGAACUGCAGGAGCAACAACCGCCACCAUUGCAACCGAAGAUAGCACAUAGCACAUUACAGCCCUUAGCUACCAACGAACUCAGCAAUCAAAACAUUCCCCGAAAUCUAUCGCAGUCGAUGGGCAGCCCCGCUGGCAUAUGCUCGAAUAGCUCCCUCCAGAAUCUGGGAGCAAUACCUCAAUCGGCGGCAGCCAUAGUUUCUGGACCAGCUAUAGCGAUGGCGGUGCCCUGUAGUACCAAUAAUCAGUCACAUCCUCUCAACAUGCAAUAUACUGGGUCAUCUGCAAUCGUUACAGCGCCCCAGAAUGUGCCUCAGAAUCUCUCGUCGCAAAGUAUACAUAUACCUCAAAGCCUACAAAUUCCGCCGCCCUCAAACCUUAUGCAGCCUACGAGAGACCUCAUCCAAACGCAUCCUGAAAAUAUGUCAACAAGCGCAUCCUCGACAAUAUCUACAAGUUUGAGUAUACCACCACUAGUGGGACCGCCAUCCCUUAACCCUAAUAUACCACAGAACAUGUCGACAAGUGGUAUACCUUCUCAAUUGACAUUGAUAUCGAACUCACCUCAACCUCUCGGUCUUACUAUUAUGUCCCAAGAUAACCGAAGUUUGUCCGAACGGAUACUUCCUGAAGAUAGAAUACCACCAGAGCGACUAAGAGAGGGAAGGCUGUCUGAUAGAAUAACAGAUAGAAUGCAGGACAGAAUAUCGGAGAGAAUACCUACUGAUAGGAUGCAGGAAAAAUUAGGAGAUCGAGAUGAUAGAGAUGUUCCAGAGCCCAUAAAUAUGUUUCAGCCAAUUCAACCACCACCGUCAAUAAUGCCGAGUGAGAGGCCCGGAGUCAUGUACAGUCUAGCUAACACACCACCUAUGGAGCCUCAAAACUUAAAAAUAAAACAGGAGAUUAUACCCUCUGAACCCGAUCCACUGCAAAGUCUAAAAGAGGUCAAAGUUCCUGGUUUUCAAGCUAGCUUCCCAGGUCCAAGUUUAGAUAACAUAAAGAAAGACCCAGAUGGAGCUGGCAGCAGUAAUAGCAGCAGCAAACCACCAACGCCGAGCAAACAAUUUUCUUCCUCCAGUCAACAAAUAUCCCACAUACAAUCGGUUACAGCCUCGCCUCAACCAAGCCUCCCUCCACCCCCGACAUCAAUUCCACAGCCAGUGAUGCAUCCAGUACAGCAAUCCAGUCCCCAUAUGACUCAUCCAUUCCAUCCUCAUCAUCCGCUAAUGCAUCACUCUUUGUUUGCUGCUAUGCAUCCAUAUCAUCCACACGCCUAUCCCGGUUAUCCUCCUGUAAGUGGAUACCCGGCAUUUCCGACCUAUCCUUAUGGGCCUGUACCGCAUGCUAUACCGCCACCAUCGCCUCAGCGUAGUGAAGCAACCACUAUGAUGACUGCUCAUCAUUCCAGCACGACCUCCAGUGUUUCAACUCGUGAAGAGGGUGAAAAUCUUAUUGCCACCCAUCAUCACUCUUCUUCAUCUAUGCAUCAGGCAACAACUCUUCACCACGAUAAACUUCUUACAAUCUCAUCGCAUAGCUCACAUAGUUCGCAUAGUCAUUCAUCCCAACAUUCAUCUCAACACAAUAGUCAACGUAGCAAGCCAGCUUCUCUCGUCUCUUCGACCGCAAAUCUUAGCUCCUCGAGCUCUAUGCACUCACAUCAUCACAGACCGCCCCAGCAGCAACAGCCACAGCAACCUCACCAGUCCCAUCAGCCUCACCAGCCUCAUCAGCCUCAUCAAAUCAUACCGCUACCAUCCGAACCAAAGAUCGAGCAGGACCUAAUAGAACCAGAACCCGAGGAACCACCAAGUCCUCGUUCAGGGCCCUCUCCAGAACCGCGUGUCGAAGAUUCAGAGUGUCAUCGGUCACAAUCAGCAAUAUUUCUACGACAUUGGAAUCGUGGAGAAAACAACUCAUGCACGCGUACUGAUCUUACUUUUAAGCCCGUGCCUGAUUCAAAACUGGCACGAAAGCGCGAUGAGCGUUCACGAAAACAAGCUGAACGUGAGCGCGAAGAACGAGACCGAGCUCAAGCGCAACAGAUUAGAAAGAUGACGACGCCGGAGAAACAACCAGAAACGUGCAAGCCGCCGAGCCGUGGGCCCUUGGAACCUGUUGUUUCACCUUAUGAUAGAUAUGCAACACGACCGGGGACUUACGCAGACACGCCUGCACUACGCCAAUUAUCGGAGUACGCCAGACCUCAUGCGGCCUUCUCACCAGCAAGACAUCCCGGACCCCAGGAUGCGAUGCUUCACUAUAUGUAUGGUCCGGCGGCAAGAGAAAGGCUCGAACUCGAGCAUCUCGAGCGAGAAAAAAGAGAGCGCGAAAUUAGAGAACUAAGGGAGAGAGAACUCAACGAUCGACUCAAGUUUCAAAAGUACUCAAUCAAUAGCAUUUUCCAAAAUGAGGAACUGUUAAAAGGCGCUCCCCGACCAAUGGCAGCACCAGUUGAUCCUCACUGGCUGGAAAUUCACCGACGUUAUGCAGCCAGUAGCGGACUAGCACCUCCGGGUCCUUCGGGCCCUUCGCAAAGUUUACACCAGUUUGGCUUAUACGCUGUGCCACCUGGGCAUAGUCAGUUGGACAGGGAACGCCUCGAACGAUUAGCGAUGUCGGGUUUAGGGAUAGCUACAGGAGCAGGCACUGGACCAACGACGGGCACGACGGGACAUCCCAGCAGUCAUACACACGGCCAGUUGGAUGAACGACUGACCUUGGCUGCAGAUCCGAUGGUACGCCUUCAAAUGGCUGGAAUCUCACCAGAGUAUCAUGCCCAUACCCAUGCGCAUACCCACGCCCACACACACCUCCAUUUACAUCCAGGCCAGCAGCAGGCAGCAGCCCAACAGCAGGCAGCAGCAGCUCAGCAACAGCAGCAACAACAGCAACAACAGGAGGCGGCGGCCGUAGCCGCAGGAUUCCCUCUGCCCGCUGCUGGUAGCAACUACCCGAGGCCAGGUCUUAUGGGUCGGGAGCCAACCCUCGCCCUGCAUCCAGCGGAGCUCCUGGGGAGGCCUUAUGCCGAUAUGGCAGUUCACCAUGAACAGCUACAACGCCAUCUCAUGAUGGAGCGUGACCGUUUCCAGCCUCAUGCCUCUCUCGUUGCCCAUCACGAAGAGUACAUAAGACAACAACGUGAGCGCGAGCUCAAAGUUCGUGCAAUGGAAGAAGCUACACGAGGAUCACGCCCUUAAAAAGAAAAUCUAUGAGCUAAAACAAAACCAUCUCGAUGCUUUCGCAUAUUGUUGUUAAGAAGAUAAAAUACAUAAUAACGUGAAUAUUUAAAGAAUACGAAUGUGCAAAGUUGAAAAUUCGCUUAUAUUUUAUUUGUUGCAUUAUGUAAUAUUAUUUCGUAAAUUUAUUACGUUUCAUAUAUUUUAUAGUCAAAUUCAAGAGAAUCGGGAACAGAAUAUGCAAGAGAUUCGAAGGGAGGAGAGGGCAGAGCAACCUAAGGGAGUAAAGAACAGAGACAAGAAAGUUUCGUCAUUUUUUCAUUCCAUUGGCGAUUUAAAAUUCGUCUUUCUAUUU